UUCAAGCGGCACUAUAGCAGCAAAGAGAAGGAUGAUGAGAAACCAGCAGCAAAGAGAAAAAACCUCUGCAAAAUCACUGCAAAUCGAGAAUCAGAUAUCCUUGUUUAUGGAAACGAGUUUAAAAGUGCACAACAGUGCAGGAAAAGGAAAGAGAGAGAGGUUGACGCUCUAGCGGUGUUCUACAGUAGAGUGGGCGUGUUCCUCUUGUUGUGAUCUACAGUUGGGAAGCCUAGUGUCAUCUGCUUAAGCACAGACCGACUGUGCAGAUCUGUGUGGCUGAGCACGAUAGAGGGAAUCGGCAGGGACUGCCAUACCUGGAAAUGCAAAUCACUUUGCUCUACCUCAGUCUCAGUCUUGAGGUCAGCAUGGAUUAGAACAAUUUUUUUUUUUUUUUUUUUUUACACUUUUACACAUUAAAGUGGAAGAAGAGGCAAAAAAAGAGUGUCAACUGCAAGUGGACUUUAUGUGAGAGCACGUGAGUCUGCAUUUGUAGAAUGCAUGCAAUUGCGGGUGCGGUCUGUUUCUGCUCAGCAUUUCGUUUCCGCCCUUAACAUGUGCAGAUGUGUGGAGAAGUCAAGUUAACACCUGGCUUCAAGUUUGGGAACAUCUGGAUUGGAGGAGUCCCAUUUUUGGCCCAGGGGAGGGAGAAUUGGGCUGGACAUCCUAUGGCCCAGCUCCCUUCCAUCACCAUCCUCAUCCUGGGUCACAGGGACUCCUAACAGGCCAAAACAUUGGACCAUACAUGGAAGUCUAUGCGGAUUUAAGAGGAAUAGUGCAAAGGUGCUUAAGCAUAGGUCAGAGAUCAUCCCUCUGUGACCUCUGGGGAAACAGAAGACACGCUGGUCCACUAACCACCUAGUGCACAGCUCUAUUAAUGUGGUGCAAAGAGUUGAAGAAUGAUGAGCUCCAAGGAGGAGGAAACUCUCAGAUUUUUCCAAUAUGUCGAGGAGAAUGGGCUGAGAGCCUACAAUGGCCUGGUAGCUCAGAACUUUGAUCAUGCCAGGAAUGAGAGAAAUAGGGCAUUACUGCAGGAAAAAAAUGACAAAAAAAGAAAACAGGAGGAAGCCAUAAGGAGGACGGGUGAAGACAUAGCAACGGAGGGUAAGCACUUGCGUAUGGGCUCGAUAAACAUUCCGGACCAGCAAGAACGCAUGCACCUGCAUGCGAUCGCCGGCGGGCAGGGCUUCUCCGUGCGCUCCCAGUCCCUCCAUUCAGUCGGGGGUGGAAACAGUGGGGGAGGAGGAGAAGAGGAAGUCGGGAGUCCAACUUCUAGGAAGCAGCCCCCACCUAAACCCAGAAGGGACCCUGCCACCAAGCUCAGCAUGUCGUCUGAUGCGGUGGACCACAGUCCCAUGUACACCUGCCGCGGGGAGAGAUGUGACGCUGCUCAAGGAUGCAGUGAGGACUGCAGAAGAGUGCCACCUCCCAAGCCCAAGAGGAACCCCAACACGCAACUCAGUGUUUCCUUUGAUGAGUCCUACAUUAAGAGCCAUGGAAGCAGUGGGAUCCUCCCAUCCAAACCCCUUCAACACACCACAUCCCCCUGUGAACGAAACCCCUCACCUCCACAGAGUGAUGACAGCCCUACAGAUGAUUGUGAAGAUGAGCCUGUCUACAUAGAAAUGGGUGGGAUUGACAUAGGAACGCGAGAACCCUUGAAGAGUGAGGAUGAGGAAGCAGGAGAGUCAGUAUAUGAGGAAAUGAAGUAUCCCGCUCUGGAUGACAUGGAGUACCGCACUGAUCCUGUGGGAUGUCGCUCUGCAUGCCCCACCCCAGCACCCUAUGACCCAGAGCCUCUCAGUCGCUGCUCCACGCCUCGCAACAUUCCCCUCUGUGACAUUCCUGCACCCUUCCCCAAUUUACUAACUCACCGGCCUCCACUGUUGGUGUUCCCACCAGCACCAGCCCAGUGCUCACCCAACUCAGAUGAAUCCCCUCUAACCCCUUUAGAUGUAACCAAAUUGCCAAUGCUGGAAAAUCAGCCCUACAGCAAAUCCCCCACCUCUUCUAAUGAGCAGCCCUCUGCUGCACACAUUCAUAGAGAACUGACUUCCACCCCGACACUCACGGUUUCUGGCCGCUCCUCUGCACCUCCACUACCCUGCACUCUCUAUAAAUCUUCCUCAUCAUCCUCCUAUCAGCGCAGCCAUUCUGCUUGCCCUUCGCCCGUCAGCAUGGGCCGCUGCCUCACGCCUCUGAGCCUCAUGCGUACACCUCCUUUUGAUGCUCAAAUGCCGUUCCCUGGUGGGCUGCCACGUAGUGCCUCCGCCACCCCACAUGGCAAAGGCUCGCCACCUCAAGACAGUGCAGGACGACUCCAUGGCUCUAUGCAGAAUGUGUCAUCAGGACGCUCACGGACACCUACCAGCCCACUGGAUGAGCUAACAAACCUAUUCACUACAGGGAGGAAUAUGUUGAAGAAAAAUGCCAGCGGCAGAAAGUCUAAAGAACCUGGAGAGACUGAGUCCAAAAACAAGUCCCACAGUGAGUCCAAGCGGGAAGGCAAGGAACGGCACAGCAAGGAGUCAAAGAGAGAGUCUAAGGAGCGCCACAAGGAGUCAUCUCAUCGAAAAGACAGAGACAAAGACAAAGACAGAGACAGAGACAGAGACAAAGACAAAGACAAAGACAAAGACAGAGACAAAGAAAAAGACAAAGACAGAGACCGAGGAAGUAGCAAUGUAGAACCUUUUCCCCACAGACGCAACAGUAAAGACCGCACAUGUAGCAAUGUAGAUACACAACCUGGUCGCCAGGAUAACAAGGAUCAGGCCUGCAGCAGUGUAGAGCCCAGCUCUAUGAGACGAAACUCCAAAGACAGGGGCUGUAGCUCUUUAGAACCCAUAACUUUGAUAAGAAGAGACUCCAAAGACAGAGGGAUUAAUAAUGGGGAAUUGAUGCCAAGAAGAGACAGCAAAGACUGGAAUGGGACACAUGUAGUAGAGUCUUCAGUAAGACAGGACAGCAAAGACAGAGACAGGCUGCUUGAUCAGCCACCUGAGCUGUUACCAAGACAAGAAAGCAAAGAACGGACGAGGAAUGGCAUAGACUACAGACAUGAAAGCAGGGAGAGACUGCUGGAUCAGCCACCUGAGCUCUUACCUCGACAAGAUAUCAAAGACAGAGUGAGGAAUGGUGUGGAAUCAAAACAUGAAAGUAGAGACAGGCCACCUGAGCUCCUUCCCCGACAAGAAAACAAAGACAGAACCAGAAAUGGACCAGAAUACAGGCUUGAUAGCAAAGACCACCGUCCCGAUUUGUUACCCCGUCAGGAGAGUAAAGAGAGAGAAAGGAGUGAUAAUGAGCAUCGACAUGAAGGGAGAAUAGACCAGCCACCUGAGAUCCUGCCCCGGCAGGAAACAUCCAGAAACAAUAGGGACAGGGUUGAAUUUAAAUAUGAAGGGAGAGAUCGGAGUAACCACAAUGGAGAGCUUCCUCGGGCCCCUUUACCCAGGCAGGACAGUAAAGACCUGGGGAGAACUGGCCUUGAAGUGAGACGGGACAGCAAAGACAGAAGCCUUAAUGGCUCGGAGCAACAUCUUUAUGAUGUCAAGUGCACCAAAAGUCCUCCUGCAGUGGAUUAUAGGUCUGAGAAUAAAGAACGGGGAUACAGGACAGAUGGAACACCACGGCGAGACAAGAGAGCAACUUACAGCAUGGACCAAGCAAAAGCACAAGAGAGGAACGGGAGCACAUUGUUAGGGCAGCAUUCAUCAACAACUACACCUACUCACCAAGGGAGAUCAUCAGGUAGUCCACCCAUGACCAUCGGAACAGGAAAUGAUUCGAAAACAGCUUCUAAGUAUAGCCGCUCAUCUUCUAUGCCUUGUAAUCCUUCCCCAAUGGGAACUCCACAAAGGAGAGCAGCAGAGACACAUCAAAGUCAGAUGCCCCAGAUGCCGUGGAUAUGUGGAGACACCACAAUGCUGGAGCAGAUUGAAAGGAAACGCACCCUGUGCAUGGAGAUCCGCUCCAGACAACAUCCACACCUGCAGAGAAUUGUGGAGAGACCUCCUCCGCCGGACCGGAAUGAGAACAGACACCAAGAGCAAAGCCAGUGCAAGCAGGAAAGCACAUCCGUGCUCCCAGGAUGGGGGAAAAGUAGCGGGACCAAGAAGAUCCGUCCCCCACCCUAUCCCACUCAGACGACUGUAUUCUGGGACACAGCCAUCUGAUAUUACAAAAACUUAGAUCCCCUUGCCAUACAUCCCUUAACUGUCCCUCCCUCUCUCUGUUAUGUUGCACUUAUUCGUCCCUGCAACAACAGGACAAUCAAGGCAACUGCAAAGAGGACCAGAGGGAUGAAACUUGCUGAUGUCAAAGGACUAUGAUGGUUACCACAGCAAUAUUUCUGCUCAUUCAGGUUGUCAUGUUUUCUUAUCAUCACUGGUUAUAUCUGAUAUUUUUCUAUUUCUUAUGACUGGACUCUUGUACUAUAAUUAGUAGAUAUUUGAUGAUGAAUAGAUAUUUUCUAAGCGAAAUGAUGGGGAUCAAGAAGCAGCUUAAAUUAUGUAUAGUAGAUGUAGAUGCAAUCUUAUAUUUGUUUUUAUGUUAUUUUUCUUUUGAAAGUAUAAUCUAUCAAUACUUGUACUGUAGUAGCAUAAUUUUCUUAUGCCCACCUCUUUUUUUGUGCUCAAAAACAUAAACAUUAAAAUGAAUGGACAGCUCAAUUCUAUAUGUAUACUUUACAUUUUCACUGUUGUAUUGUAAGUGGAGGAGUGAACGUUAACGUGCUUUAGAUUCCAGAGCUCUCCGUGCCUGGGCCAGUACGUCCUAGAAUGUACAACAGUCGGUCCUAGAACGUAAACAGGAAAACUCUGUGCUUCAGUGUGUAUAUUAUGGUAAGAAACUGUGUUGUCACUACGUCAAAGCCUUUUGAAGCAGUUGAAUCGUUUUAUAAUAAAAACUGUUGGCUGGCAUGCUUUUAAGAGGGCGGACAAAGUGGGAAUUUUUCCUGCUGAAUACUCAGAUACACUAUGAGGUUGUGUAGCCAGGGUAGUAAAUUAGAACAAGCAUUAUUAAUGGUUUAACUUUGAAGACCAGUCAGACCCUGUACAAAACGAGAGACUGGUGUGGUUGCACUUUGAAUGGUUGGUUAUAGGGUCAGUGGCAAUAGCUGGUGAGUACCAGCAGCUUUACAUUGCCAUGCCCUCUGCAAGCUCCAUGACAGUGUAAAUGCCUGAUGCCAACAACCAGCCUGUACAAUCAACACCUGAGCUUUUAGAAGACUUCUUAAUUUUACUGCAAAUUACAAUAGCCAUAUGCACUUGCUUGAGCAGUAACUUUCAAGAUUAUGCUUAUAAUUUCUUUUAAUUUUUUUUUUAGAAGAUGCUAGAAGUUGUGAGUUAUGUAUGCUUCAGUUUAUUGGCUGAAAGGUAAAGCCUCAGGAGACUAUCUGUGACAUGCAGUCAUCUUUAUUUGGUGGUCUCUGACAUGUUACCAAUUCAACUGGCUGGCGAUCAUUUUAGAGAUCAAAUCAUUUAAGGACCUAUCAUAUAGCAACAGCUCUACCUAAUCAAAAGACAUGGGGUUGCACAAGGGCCAACAGAUAUUUAAGGCUUUUUUGAAAGAAAUAUAAAAAAAAAACUGCACUACCUAUCUUUUUCCAUCACACUGAAUCAGGCUGAUAUGUCCUCCCUAUCUUCUCCCUCUACCUCCAAACCUUUUCUUACAUCAUCUCAAUUGGUUCUCUUUUGCACAUUAAAAUGCAAAGUCAGCAUUGCCAAAAUAGGGUGGUUUUGACAAAUUAGCUAGCCUUGAGAGCGCAACUGCAGUACCCCUUUUCUGGGGAGGAUCAAUAACGCAGACAUCCCUGUGUUGCAGCUGUACGCGUGCGAUGAAGAGAGCGGUGUGUGUUUACGAGUGUGUGCCAAGCUAUACUGUAUGCAGGGUGCAAAUUAAAAAUGAUUGUUUUUAAGACAUUCACUUUUCCCUAUCAUGACAUUGGUGGGUGUAGGCUGGAAAUGUAAUAAUGAUGUUGUACAAUCUUUUUGUGUGUAUAAACGUGCACUGUGAAAAGGUAGAGAGAGCACCACACAGUCAGUCCUCCGUCUUAUUGCACUGAGUGUUCUCUUGUUUUGCGUUAUAACAAAAGAAAAGAAAAGAAAAAAAAACAUUGUUUGAGAAAAAAAAGUACUGUACGAUUGUCACUUGGGCUCUGUUGAGAGAAAUACAUAAAUAAAUAAAUAUGAACUUGAAACC